AUGGAGGCAAACGAUGAAAAGGAGCACGAGCUCACCGCCUUUACUCCUCCCUCAGUAGUCACUUUUGCGCCUGCUGAACCUUUCGAGUCUUUUCAAAACAAGGUCGCUGCACUUGGUCCAGAGCUUCACGCCGAUUUCCAGGACAUCGAAAGGGUUACCGGAGGCGGGAGCCACCGUAUUAUCGGCCUGACCGUACGCAAUCCUCCCACGGAGUCAGGGUUUUCGGACUCUAGACAGGCUAUCCUGCGGGUUAAUCGUCUCGAUCCUUAUGAACCCGUCGAAGGUGAGCCCGGAUGGAAUGAAGACGUCGCCGCGGAAUUAGCUGCAUGGGUGAUUCUUGAAGAGAUCGACGAAGCUGCCGUGCUGAGUCUGCUUACCCGCGCCGGUAUCAAAGUCCCGAAUGUCCUUGCCUGUGACACAACCCGGAAGAAUGCGCUCAAUCAUCCUUACUUGCUCCAAACUCGCCUACCAGGAACCACUCUUUGGAAAGUGUGGGACGACAUGUCAGUAGACGACAAGGUCAACAUCGCAGGCGAGUACGCCGAAAUACUUGCCAAACUGGACACCAUCCGGUUUCCCAAAUCAGGCAGACUUCUCUAUGACAACCCGACGAAGAACGUAAAACUUCCUCUGAAUCUUGCCCAAGCCAACGAGAUCGGAGAGAAACUGGUAGUCCGUGGCUUCCACACACAUCUUCCGGUCAAACGUGAAAGAGACGAUCCCGGUACACCACCAUCCUCAUCACUGUAUGAUUUCCCGUGCAUGCAUAUUGGUGGUCGUUCCCAGCAUAAAAGGAAAGACAGAUUCAACAUAUCAGACUCCAAACUUGCCAAGUUGGAUGCCAUGCUAGACGACAUGAAGGAAGUGGGUUGGUUUGAGUCGGAUGAUAGUGGCCCAGCAUACAGCAUUGUUGAACACAGCAUGCUCACUCCUUUCAGCAUCAUGGUCGAACACACCGAGGAUGCCAAUGGAACUCUCGGUUGGCAUAUCAGUGGCGUUCUCCAAUGGGACGAUGCUCGUUGCAUACCACCAGUCCUUGCAAGAAGAUUUCCGGCAUGGUUGUUUGGCCUGCCGGAUGGGGACUCGUAUACCCGCGCGAUACGAAAGUUUCACGAUGGAUCUUCGCUCCCAGAUGCGAUUCGAAAGUAUCACGACGGCGAUAGCGACAUGAUACCGCUCGAGUAUUACCAGGAGGCUAGUUCCGAUCCCCUCACUGCCAGGAUCAAGGAGCGCUUCGAACAAGUCAUGUUAGAGAAGAUUUAUACUCCGCAAUAUGGCUCUAGGGCAAUGGAAGUCUACCAGGACGACGUGUAUGGUAGGGGCCGUUGGCUCCGACGUCUGGCGAGUUUGGGUUUGGUUGCGUGGCCCGACCCCCGAAAGUUGAAGCAAGUGUUGAGAGAGUGGGCCGAGUUCAAGCAGACAGGCCAAGUAUCUCACGACACGGUCUUCGGGGAGGAUGACGACUCGGAUUCAGACGCAUCAGGUUCGUCAAGCUCGACUUAUGCUUACGACCACGAACCCUUCGAGACUUUCCAACACAAGAUCUCUACCCUAGGUCAAGAUCUCGGUGUUGGCUUCAACGAGGUUGAACAUAUGCGCGGAGGAUCUUUCAACCGCGUAGUUCCUGUGACUCUUGGAGUGGCGCCAGAGACAGCCUCAUGGGAAACCUCAACGAAGGCUAUCAUACGUAUACCUCGUGUCUGGGACGGAGACCUUGCCAAGCUCCCUGCUGAUAAGCACGGGCGGACCUGCAAGUGCGACGCACAUCCUAAGAGCAAGGAACAUGAAGCAAGCGACAGCAGCGAUGUCAGCGAUAAUGACAGUGAUGUCAGCGACAUUAGCAGCAGAAGGAGCCUGAGCAAGGAGCCCUUCCGUUGGGAGAUCCUUGAUGAGGCUGUACUCUACAACUUGCUUGAGGAUGUCGGUAUUCCUGCACCUCGUAUCCUUGCCUUCGACGUCGGACGUCGCAACGCCUUGAAGUUUCCUUACUCGAUACAGACUCGUUUGCCCGGCGUUACCUGGAUCAGUGUGAUAGAUGAUGUGCCUCUCAAAUCUCAGCUUCUACUGGCAGAUGAACUAACUGGAAUUAUGGCUCGUCUACAAGAAGUCCAAUUCGAGUCGUCUGGAAGGUUACAGUGCGAUCAGAAGUUCGACACCCCUCUUCAGCUAUCUCUUGCUUCGUCAAGCCGAGAGAUCAAAGAGAAGCUAAAGAUCUGGGGCUUUCCUAAAGAGACAGGGGCACUCAUGGACAGCGAGAGAACCUCGCCGUGUCAAGCAGUCGAAAGCUCCCUCUAUGAACUUCUGUCUUUCUCGGUGCAAGACCUUCUUUCACGGGAGUUGCAAAAGGUUGAGCCUGAAGGGCCCUCAGAGCUACUCGUUCGCAUGUACUUCAAGUUGGAAGAUAUUCUACAGGAUAUGGACCACAUCGGCUGGUUCUCGGAUGCGGACAAAGCUCCCUCGAAAAGCGUUUUGCACCACUGGGAUCUCGAAGCACGCAACAUACUGGUUGAGCAGGCAGACAGCGAUUCUUCAAGUCCUUGGCGAAUCACAGGUGUUAUCGAUUGGGACAGCCCUCAUGCACUCCCCCCUGUCUUGACCAUGAAACCUCCCAUCUGGCUUUGGGACGCUUCUGACGACGCCGAGCUUCCCGAGGACGUCCAGGCAUACUAUGACAACGACUUCGACUGGAUGCCACUCGAAUACUACCAGAAAGAGAAUGCCGAACAUCUCAAUGCAGACGGUGUCGAGGUCAAGCAGCGAUUUGAAGAGGCGAUAGUCAAGGCACUCUACAGCAAAAGGUACGGUGCGGACGCUCAUGCCAAGUAUCUAGAUGAUGCUUAUGGCAGAGGUUGCUGGCUUCGACGUAUAUGGCGAUUCGCAAGUGAAGGUAUCCUCACGAAUAGUCAUCAUCGCCGCAUCGAACAGCUCGACCGUGAGUGGACCGAAUACAAGAAAGCAAAUGCGCCAUUGAAGGAUGAUCCAAACGGGCACGCGAACAACAUGGGAGCAACUACUGCGCUGUCUGGAAAGAAUACUGUCAUUGAUACCACUGGCUCUGAUGGUGAGGAACUCAAAUCAGUGAAUCUUGGUCACGCAAAUGCAGCUUUGUCGGAGAACAAUACUACCGAAGCUCCCCCACUUAAAGUACGCGGUAUCUGUGUGUUUUGGACAGACCUCGUAAUGACCGUGACAGUGACAAGCUCCUUCUGGUUUGUAGCAGGGGCCGGGGCCUUUUUCUCUGCGGGGACAGUGGUGGACUGCGCUGGUGCCGAAUACGCGAACCAUUGA